AUGGAAGAGCAAGAGGGAUGGGGUUUGGACAUUCAAACAAAGCACGUCUGCAAAGACACCUCCAGAUCUCCAGAAAACAACCUCCAGUUCAUCUGCGAGUUUCCCAGAGAGGCUUGUCACACAGGCGAUGGCCAGGAAACCUUUGUGGUCAAACUCCCUGCUCAGUGCAAUGUGCACCAACUGCGUCUGCGUCUCUGUAUGUUAGCGCAAGAGAGAAAUCAACUGCCCGACCCACUUGGACUCUUGGACCCUGAGAGAUAUCACCUUCUGUAUACCAAGAUGGAUGACCUGUAUGAAAUAUAUGAUGAUUGUCAGGUACUGCAAACACUAAACGUACCCUGGUUUCUGGAUUCCCAUGGUGUGCGGAUGGCCCGAAUUUCUGUCACAGAAAAGAAAAUAGAUGCAGAAGAUGUACAAAAUAACCAUCACACGCUAGCCAAGCUUAUUGGUUAUGACUUGAAUUCUACUUCAGGGAACAGGUUGAGUGAACUGAGCUUUACCCGCAGAAAGUUUGCCUCCCCCCGCAGAGAGGAGUUGAAAAGCCGGGACUCGAAAGCUUAUGCCACUGAACCAUGGACGACAAUUGCACCCCUUCCGAAAGACCUCCAGGACUGGCAUGAGCGCAAACUGCCGAUCACUGUCUAUUUAAAUGACACAGGCUUUUAUAUGAACAUAGACAUUGAAAUCUCUCCAGAUCAUCUGCUAAAGAUACUUCAGGAAACUAUGUCUGAAAGGGAUUCCUCUUUUGACUGGCCCACAUUUGAUCCGGUUCUGAAGGUUUGCGGAAGGGAAGAGUUCUUAGUUGGAAAUAUCCCUCUGUAUAAUUUCCUUUGGGUCAGGAGCUGCCUGAAGAGGUCUAAGGACCUUCGCCUGACAAUCACUGAUGUAGCGUCACUUCCAGGGGACACAGUGAGAGGCGAAACCUGCCCCCUUGUAGACAACCUCACCAGCCUCUCCAGCUUCCACGAGGACCUUGCUCUUGAUGGAAAGGAGAUGGAUGAGAUUCUCAUGAUCUCCUUGUGGGACUGUGAAAGAAAGUUCAGGGUUAAACUUCUUGGGUUUGACAUUCCAGAGCUGCCCGUCAAAGUGCCCCAACUAAUUCACGUUGAGGCUUCCAUCAUCUAUGGCAACAAGGUUGUCUCAUCUGUGGUUCGACCAAGAGGCUUCGCAGAUGAGGUUCUGUGGAACACGUGGCUUGAGUUUGACAUUCUCCUGAAGAACGUACCUCGUGGUUCUAAGCUUGGAUUUACAAUUAAUGCCUACGAAAACUCCACAGCAAAGGAAUCCAAGUCUGGCAAGGUGCCGGACAUCCAAAGGUGUACAGGAAACAUGCUGUAUUUUGUGAAUUUUCAGCUGAUUGAUCACAGGUCUGUGCUCAGCCAGGGGCCUCAUACCCUUCACAUGUGGCCUUUUCCUGAGCGAGAGGAGGAGGCGUUUACUUUUGAGGCCGACAAGCUUUCUACUGCAACAAAUCCUGACGUGGCCACGUCAAUGGCUAUCACCUUCCUCUUGGAUCGCUACAGUUUUCCUGUUGUAAUCCCCCACAGUAGAGGCAUCCCCAACACCCUUUCUCCUCCAAGUGUUUCGUCACCAUCAUCUAAUUCCAGUUUACCAACCACUCUGCCUGCAUUAAGCCCAUCAUCGUCUUCGAAAUCGGAUGACCCUGGAAUGGAAUCACCAAUAUCGCCCUCCAUGCAAACCCAAAGAGAUCAUCUAAGGAGGUUUAGGGAGGAAAGCGUACGCUACACCUCUAACCUGCCUCAGUUCUUGCGUAGCAUUGAUUGGCUAAAGCCCGAUGCUGUUCAGGACAUUCAUUGGCUGCUGGGUCACUGGAAACCACAUGACCUGGAACUGCCAGUGGCUCUGGAGCUUCUUAGAGUGGACUUUGCUGAUGAAAGGGUCAGAAGCCUGGCUGUCCGAAGGCUGGAACUGCUGUCCAAUGAAGAGGUGCUGAGGUUCCUUCUCCAGCUGGUUCAGACUCUGAAGGUUGAGCCCUAUCACGACAGCUGUCUAGCUAGAUUCCUUAUCCGAAGAGCACUCAGAAGUAAGAGAAUUGGUCAUUUUUUCUUCUGGUACUUGCGAAGUGAGGUGGCAGGAUGUCCAUUCUUUCGGGAGCGCAUGGCCGUCAUCCUGGAGGCUUACCUGAUGGGAUGUGGUCAAGCCAUGCUGUCAAGUUUUCAACAGCAAGUUCAGGUGGUGGACUGCUUGCACGAUGUGGCAAGUGCAGUAAAGAGGUUAUUCCCAGAGAAAAGUGAUCUCCCACCAACAGCUGCACAGAAACUUCAGGACUUACUGCAGUGCUGCAGCUUCCCACCAGACUUCCAGGUGCCCUUUGACCCUCGUAUCAGAGCUGGACAAAUUCAGCUGGACAGAUGCAAAAUCAUGGCUUCCAAGAAGAAGCCCCUUUGGCUGGAAUUCUCAUGUGUUGAUUCACAAGAGACCACUGGUCCUCCUGUAGGAUUAAUAUUCAAACAAGGCGAUGAUCUCAGACAGGACAUGCUCGUCAUUCAGACACUGAAAGUAAUGGAUUCCAUCUGGCAGGAAAGAUCUUUGAAUCUCAACCUGGUGCCUUAUGGCUGCAUCUCCACCGGACAUAACAUAGGGAUGAUAGAAAUAGUCAGAGAUGCUGUCACAAUCGCGGCGGUUCAAAGGAGCCAAGGAGGGACCAUGGGAGCGUUCAAAAAUGAUGCUCUAUUUCAGUGGCUGAAAGACAAGUGUCCACUUCAAGGAACACGCUAUCAAGCCAUGGAGAGAUUUGUCAACUCAUGCGCUGGAUAUUGUGUGGCCACCUAUGUGCUAGGAAUUGGAGAUCGCCACAAUGACAACAUCAUGAUCACUGAUAAAGGGAAUCUUUUCCAUAUUGACUUUGGCCACAUCCUGGGCAACACCAAGAGCUUCCUGGGGAUGAACAGGGAGAGGGUCCCCUUUGUCCUAACUCCAGACUUCCUGUAUGUCAUGGGCCGGGUUAAUGGCCGUUCCAGUCUCUACUUCCAGAGGUUUCGGGACAUAUGUAUCGAGGCCUACCUGUCCCUGCGCUCUCAGUCCCGGCUGCUUGUGACACUCUUCUCCCUCAUGCUGCUCACGGGCAUCCCCGAGCUGAGCGCAGCGCAGGACAUGCGCUACCUGCGCGAUGCGCUGCAGGAGGAGCGCGGAGAGGAAGAGGCGCGACGUCACUUCCUGGAACAGAUCUCCAUCUGUGACAAUCAGGGCUGGAAGGUUCAGACCAACUGGUGGUUUCACAUGGUAGCUGGCAUUAAAUAGGGAGAAGAGGGAGAUACACAUCGUUAGUAGCAUAAUGAAGAUUAUAUCUGUUCUGGUUGUCACAGGGAUUCUGUGUUGUUUUGGUUGCCAGUAUUCUAUUUCCAUCUCCCUGAAGAAGCUACUGUAUUUAGUCAUUGAUAUUUCAGAUAGUGACAGUUUGUUUGAAGUGUAAUGUAGUGCUUAUUUUCCCAUUUCAUUGAAUGCUUAUUAAUUAAUACAAUUUCAAAUGGUUAUUAAUGAAUCGCUUGAGUCGGUAGGUAACCUUGGAAGUAGAAGGGAAGAAGGGGUUCUAUAAUGUUUGAAUGUGUGUUCAUGAGUGACAGCUCUAGCUGUGUCAAAGUAAGAGGUGAAUUGGUGGAUGCUGAGAGAGCACAGUGCUUACAGUAAUUACAUGACCCAUUCACAUGACCCAAAGGGAAGCUGGCUUUGCAACAGGAUUUGUUAGAUUCUUUCUGUUUCCUUUUAUCCUGAAUGAUCAAAAAAACACAAACCGCAACAGUAAAAACAAAAACAACAACAACAAUUGUAUCAUGUUGAAAAGAAUGUAUGAAGAAGGUAGUCAUAACUAUAGUAUAGAUAACAAUCUAAUUGUAGAAUAACAAUACAAUGUUUUGUGCAGAAUGGUAGUUUUCAAAUUAAUUAUUUGCUGUGUUUGUUAUGCAAUUGACAUAAUAAAAAUGUCCCUAUUUUGUAAGGACUGUAAUAUUA